ACAAAACCCCAAGGAUGCUUUUUAUCUUCAACAAUGGUCAUCUUUGCUAAAACCCCCCAAACCCCUUUCCACCAAAGCCACCCAAUUCUUCAAAACCCCGCAAAUUUCAAGCCCAAAACCUUGUUUUUCUCUCGCAAGCUUAAAACCCAACGUUUCUCCUCACAGCAAGCUCAAAAUGGCCAAGUUCUUAACUCCCAGAACACUAAUUCGCUAUCCUCUCGAAGCCCCAUCUCACGUUUAAAUGAACUUUGCCUAAAUGGGUCCUUGGAAAAAGCUUUAAAAUACCUAGAUUCAAUGCAAGAGCUGAAUAUUUGUGUUGACGAAGAAGCUUUUGUUGAUUUGGUUAGGUUAUGUGAGUGGAAGAGAGGUUAUGAUGAGGGGAUUCAUUUGUAUUCUAUUGUUUCAAAAACGGUGACUCGUAUGAGUAUUAGGCUUGGUAAUGCAUUUUUGAGUAUGUUCGUAAGGUUUGGUGAUUUGAGUCACGCGUGGUAUGUGUUUGGGAAAAUGUGUGAGAGAGAUUUAUUUUCUUGGAAUGUCUUGAUUGGUGGGUAUGCAAAAGCUGGUUUUUUCGAUGAAGCAUUGAGUUUGUAUCAAAGAAUGUUGUGGGUUGGUGGUGCUAAGCCUGAUGUGUAUACGUUCCCAUGUGUUUUGAGGACUUGUGGUGGUGUACCAGAUAUAAAGAGAGGAAAGGAGGUUCAUGCUCAUGUGCUUAGGUUUGGGUUUGAGGCUGAUGUUGAUGUUGUCAAUGCUUUGAUAACUAUGUAUGUGAAGUGUGGUGACCUAAGGUCUGCAAGGUUGGUGUUUGGCGGAAUGCCUCGCAGAGAUAGAAUAUCAUGGAAUGCAAUGAUUUCUGGGUACUUUGAGAAUAAAGAGUGUGCUGAAGGGUUAAGGUUGUUUGCUAUGAUGAGGGAGGGUUUGGUUCAUCCAGAUUGCAUGACCAUGAGUAGCAUAAUUUCAGCAUGUGAGACUUCUGGUGAUGAGAGAUUAGGGAGAGAUAUACACGGGCUUGCGUUGAGAAUGGGGUUUCGUGAGGAUGUUUCAGUGUCUAAUUCAUUAAUUAAGAUGUAUUCUACUUUUGGAAAUUGGGAGGAAGCGGAAAAGAUUUUUAGUAGAAUGGAAUUUAAAGAUAUAGUAUCAUGGACAACAAUGAUUUCAGUUUAUGAAAGUAAUAUGCUUCCUGAUAAAGCUGUGGAAACUUACAAAAUGAUGGAUGUAGAAGGUAUUGUGCCUGAUGAGAUCACUAUAGCUACUGUUCUAUCUGCCUGCAGUUGUUUGGGGAAUUUGGAUUUGGGUAUUAGGCUUCAUGAGCUUGCUAAGAAGACAGGAUACAUAUCAUACAUCAUUGUUGGAAACUCACUUAUUGAUAUGUAUUCCAAAUGUAAAUGCAUUGAUAAAGCUCUAGAAGUGUUCCACAGUAUCCCUUACAAGAAUGUGAUUUCUUGGACUUCAAUAAUCGUUGGGCUGCGGCUCAAUAACCGGUGCUUUGAAGCCUUAAAAUUCUUUCAGCAGAUGCAGUUGAAUUCAAAACCAAACUCUGUUACUUUAGUUUCCGUCCUAUCUGCGUGUGCUAGAAUAGGAGCUUUAAUGUGUGGGAAGGAGAUUCAUGCCCAUGCAUUGAGAACUGGGGUAGGAUUUGAUGGCUUUCUACCAAAUUCACUUCUGGACAUGUAUGUACGGUGUGGAAGGAUGGAACCUGCAUGGAACCAAUUUAAUUCAAACAAUAAAGAUGCUUCAGCUUGGAAUAUUUUGAUAAGAGGGUAUGCAGAGCGGGGACAAGGAGCAUUUGCUGUUCAAUGUUUUGGUAGAAUGAUAGAUUCUAAAGUGAAUCCAGAUGAGGUAACAUUUAUCUCGCUGUUAUGUGCUUGUAGUAGAUCUGGAAUGGUGACUGAAGGUUUGGAGUAUUUUAAUAGCAUGAGAUUGAAAUAUGCAGUAACUCCAAAUCUGAAACAUUAUGCAUGUAUUGUUGACUUACUUGGUCGUGCGGGGCAAUUGGAGGAAGCUCUUGAGUUUGUACAGAAAAUGCCUGUGAAGCCAGAUGCAGCCAUAUGGGGAGCAUUGUUAAAUGCAUGCAGGAUCCAUCGAUGUGUUGACCUUGGGGAAUUUGCAGCUGAGCAUAUUUUUGAAACUGAUACCAAGCAUGUUGGUUAUUAUAUUCUCUUGUGUAAUCUCUAUGCUGAUAGUGGAAGAUGGGAUGAAGUUGCAAAGAUAAGAAAGACAGUGAGAGAGCAAGGGCUGGCUGUUGAUCCUGGAUGUAGUUGGGUGGAAGUAAAAGGAGAAGUUCACGCUUUCCUCAGUGGUGAUAAUUUUCACCCUCAGAUAAAGGAAAUAAAUGCUGUUUUGAAGGGAUUCUAUGAGAAAACGAAAGCAGUUGAUUUUGGUGGUUCAAAAUGUGUUUCAAUUGAUGAAAUUGAAUCCUCCAAAACUGAUAUCUUCUGUGGGCACAGUGAGAGGCUAGCUGUUGCAUUUGGCCUCAUAAAUACUGCCCCUGGUACGCCUAUUUGGGUCACUAAGAAUCUCCACAUGUGCCAAAAUUGUCACAAUAUUGUUAAAUUCAUCUCAAAGGUUGUACGCAGAGACAUUUCUGUUAGGGAUACUGAACAUUUCCACCAUUUUAAGGAUGGAAUCUGCUCUUGUGGUGAUGAAGGUUAUUAAGAAGAAUGUAGUACAUAACCUGGAUCACUAAAGAGUUCUCCAAAUUUGCGUGACGCAAUAACAAAUACUGGAAUGAUACUUACAGCUUGUGACACUAUGGAGGCGAUUUGUCCCUUGAAGUAAAUAUACAACAUUCGAAGCAAUGAACGGACCACUAUAUAGCUGGUUUUCUGUUUACAAGGCUUACCCUUCAGUCAAGGUAAUUGAAAUUGGGACUUUGUGGUGUGGUACCAGAAGAAAAUGCGGUCAAUCUAAUUUCACGCUACCAAAAAAGGGGUACCACAUUCUAAGCAGUGAACAGAUCAUUUCAGCUGGUUUUCUGUUCAUCGCUUUGAGGCUUAGAGUUUGAUCACGGCAAUCGACCUGGAAAUUUUGUGGUGCGGAACCAAUGGAAAAUAGUGCCAAACAAAUUUCUUACUUCCUAAGGAAAUGGGUUGGGUAUCACUUCUGUUGUACUUGAAGGUAAAGUGCUCUCCUUUUGUUGUAUGUAUAGUUUUCUUAUUCAAUAUUCACCAGAAUCUUGAAGACAGUGUAAGGAAUAAAUAAAUACAUAUUUUGUUUCAUUUCA